GAUACAAAGUAAAACUCGCGAGAGUUGUACAUAGCAACAAACAAGCGCAAUGGCGGAUUCAAAGUAGUGGAGGCACCUGACAAUUUGUUAGGAAAACAAAAUACACAAAAAAUGGACGCUAUUGGACAACUCGAACUAACGUGGGCUCAGGGAUAUAAUGGUUCACCAGCUAGAUACAUUGAUAAGGAUGUUAUAUGUUACCAGUGUGGCAGUAAUGUCAAGUUUGUGGCUGAAGAUGGAGCAGAAACGGUUUUCAAUUUCAAGGGAAAUGGUGUUGGACCAUUUGCUGUGCAUCCAAAUGCCAAAUGUUUUGCUGUAGCCGAACAGUGUCUCAAUCCUAAGAUCUGCAUAUAUGUUUACCCAACAUUCAGAGAAUUGAUGAUGCUAGAAGAUGGUACUCAACUAGAAUACCACAAAAUGAGUUUCUCCCAAAGUGAAUACCUAUGUACAGUAUCAGGAGUCCCAGAUUUUGAACUCAUUCUAUGGAAUUAUACAAAUGGAACUAAACUGACAUCAACAAAAGUUCCUUCAGAACCAAUAACGAGCAUGAACUUUAACCCAGGCAGCUGGAGGCAAAUCUGUAUAACCACAGAAAGAUCUAUAACCCUUUGGCAGACAGAACAGUCUAAUGAUAAAUACCUUCUACAGCCUCAAAAAGUAAAACUUCCACCUUCUGAGCCAUCUAUUUAUGGAGAUGAGGAUAAAGAUCGUGACCAACCAACAAGAGCCUCCACUAGAAUGACUUCUUACACUAUUGAUGUACCUAGACCAGCUAUAGCGGGACUGGUGGGAGAAAAAGCUGAGCAGUUGGAGGAAAUACAGGAUUUAACACCAAGAGUUAUCCCCCUUUGUCAAGCAUGGACUCCAGGGGGUGAUUUAUUUAUUGGAUGUAAAGGAGGACAGCUAAUGAGAGUUGAUGGGGAAGUAAUAAAAGCCCGAGUAUUAUAUUAUCCUCCAUUGAGAGCAGAAACGCCAAUGUCUAGAGCUACAAGUGCUGCAAAUAGUAGAUUUCAGUCACAGACAGAUUUAAUUAACAUGUCUCGUAAACAAACAAAACUUGGUGCUGAUGAAAGUAAUUCAAUGACAGAAGGAAGUUUUGAUUGUAUAGUUUUACAUAAGAGAGGAUUAUAUGUUGGAGGACAGGAUGGUAUGUUAAGAUUGAUAGAUACAAAAUCAGAAGACUGUAGAGUCCUAGAACAAUGUAAUAUUAAUCAUCCAAUCACAUCACUGAGCUUUCCUCCUAGUUACAGACAUCUGGCAAUAGGAUCUUGUGAGGGAUCUCUACAUUUGUAUGAAGCAGGGAUUCCAAACUCUCUCAAAUUACUGAAAGAUUUACACUGGGGAACAGUAAUGGGUAUUGGAUGUCUGACUGGAAAUGAGCAUGUUGUAAGUGUGAAAGAAGAUGGUGAAUUACAAGUGUGGACAAUGGACAAAGGAAAGUUUGUUUCCUCUGUGUCAGUUGGAGUUCCAGCAACAUGUAUGGCUUGUAGUCCCCUAACUCAUGUUGCAGCUGUAGGGACUGUUAGUGGACAUGUCAUCAUUAUUGAUCUGACUAAUGUUCAAAAACCAAGAAUUAUAAAGAGCACCAGAAUGUACCAUGUACCUGUGUCAAAUUUGACGUAUGAUGUUGAUGGAAACUUUUUGAUAGCUGGAGCAGAAAAUGGACAAGUUUUUGUAAUAGACGGAAGGGCUUCGAAAGAUUUUAAUCCUAUUGGUUACACAGUGGUUGAAGGGGAGAUUUUGACUAUAACAACAUUUACUGUUAGUGGUGUUGUAAAAGUAUCUAUCACAACAAAUAAUUCUGGGAACAGAAGAAAUGGUGCUGAUGCCCUGUUAUAUUUCGAGCUUCCAGAGGAUAUCUUGAAAGACCCAAGGAAGAGUGUCCAAAGUUUGAAAUGUGAUUUCAAAGAUGCAGCAAUAAAGAAAAUGGUUCUGAAGUUUGGAAUCCCAUCAUUUGGAGGUGCUGUAGCUGAAGGAAACUUACUGUUUGCUGUGUCACAGAAAACCAAAAAAUUACACCAGAUAUCAUUGCCUGAUGAGAUACCUAAGAAGGGUCAUGCUGAGCCUUUGUUACCAGAAACCGAGUUCCCUGGACAUCAGUUACCAGGAGCUAAAUUAUUACUGUCUCCACAUGGUAAAUGGUUGGCUAGUUAUGGAAUUGAUGGUUAUGUACAAGUCAGAGCCAUAGGAAGUUUGGAUCGUUUUAUUUCCAUCAGACCACAUGACUACCACAGUGGUGGUGUUAGGAACAUUGCUUUCUCUGAUGAUAGUCAGAGUGUGUUUACUACAGGACAAGAUGGUGUUAUCUGCUGCUAUAGCUGGAACUACUCAACAACUGGAAUAGGAAAAGCUAAAUCAGCCAUGGAAUCAGCACGAGCAAGGAAGACAAAGUUAAUGCAGGGACAGAAAGACGAAGAUGAAGUGGUCAGAAAAAUGUCUGACUGGGUACCACCCCUCCGGUCAGACAGACCAGUAUCAGCUGAAAUGGACCAGUCUGAAAAGGUUGACAGUAAAAUAAUGACAAAAAUGGAACGAGCAGCAUUAGAGCAAGCUUUGGCUUCUGACGAGAUUUACAGAACUCCUACACCGACAGCAGCUACCAACGCCACAUGGCAAGAUAUGCAGAAACUCGAGUGGGUGAAAGCUGAAGAUGCACAGUAUCAUGAUGUAAAGAAAGAUUUGAGAGUACAGAUCAGAGAUAUGAGAAGAACAAUUCAAGAAAUGUUAAAACAGAAUGAAACUUUACCAGCUAUUGAGAAACUUGGGCGUCAUGAGUUUGACCUUGACAUUGAAGAACAAAACAGAUUGCAGACAGAGGCUGAUUCUGAAGUUCAAAGAGUGAGAGAAGAGAUAGAGUUUGACAAUUUGGCUAAGAUAUAUUUAAGAGAGAUGAUUAAAAAAGAAUGCUGGGACGAUAUGAAGGUCAAAGGGAGAGCAGUACAGGCAUUUUACUCUAACCUGGAAGUGAGUAACUUCCCCAUGAGGGAGAGAUCUAAAGACUUUGAAAAGUUACUGAAUACUGUCACAAUCAGGAGGACGAUAGAACUGGCUGAAUUAGCUGCUAGGAAAUCUGAGAUAGAAGUAGCCAACAGACCAACAACAACAGCAUCAUCAGAUGAGAACAUCCACCAGAAAUCAGUCACUGCAGUGACAACACCCAUUGGAAAGGAGGAUGAUGACCUUGGUGAAGGUGAAGAUGAAGAUGGAGAAAAACCCUCAACAACUGGAAGUCUAGAGUAUGACGAUUAUAAAUCAGGUGCCCAGUAUGGUGGAGGAAGUGAUUUGUUUUACAGUCAGUUUGAUCUUCAUACAAGAGAACAGAAAAUCAAUCAAAUCAUUUUACUUGAGGAUGCCAUUCACAGAAUUAAAGUUGCAUUUAACAAAGAAUUUGCUGACAUUCACCUGAAGAAAGUGUCAGAAAUAGGCAAAAUAAAAGAGAAGAAUAAGCGUAUAAAGAAAAUCAUGGAUGAUAUUGAUUUAGAUGAAGAAAUCAUUUUACCUUUACUUAGCAUUUAUGAGGAACCUGAACAACUUCUUGAAGUUAAGGAUGAAGAGGUUAAGGUUGAGAAAUAUCUAACACCAGAACAAAAGAAAAAGAAAGAAGAAGAAGACAAAAUGGAAGAAGAGAGACGUCUUAAAGAGAAAGGUGACAAUGCCAGGGAGAGAGGUUUGGGCAUGAUGAUGGGUGGUGUUUUGGAGAUUAAAAAAGAGGAUGAACUCAAAAAGGAUGUUCCAAAGCCACUAUUCAUGCAGACCAAAGAACUAAAAGACUGGACAGAAGAUGAAAAGAGGUUGGCUGGAGAAUACGAACAGAAAGUCAAAGAUCUUAAUGAUGAGAGAGAAAAAUAUCGCAAGCAACUAGAAACAGAAUUGAGAAAACUACAGAGUAUUAUUCAGGAUAGUAUGGGUGGAUUCGAUGAAAUGUUAACCCAGGUCUUCAUGAAGAAAAUCAAAGUCAUGAUGGUGGUCUAUCAGGAGGAAUUGAAAAUUCUGCGUUUGAGAGCGUCAUUAUUGGUUGAAGAGGAGUUAGAAACUCAGGAGCAAGAACUCAACAGACUUGUUGAACACAAGAAAUCUUUGAAGGCAUUGACAGCAGCUGCAAUGAUUGAAUCAAAGAAACAUUUAGAUGCCUACAAAAAUGACUAUGAGAAUCUGCAAUAUGAAGACAAGGCCAUGGAUAAAACCUUCAAACGAGAGUUUAAUGAUGUGACCGCCCUACAACAAGAUCAGCUUUACAGACUUUUCAGGCGUAGACCCAAGAUACCACGUCUGAAAGGAUUUGAUACUCCUGCAGCCCCCUCAACAGGGGACCAUGGUUUGCCCAAUCCUUUUGCUGAUCGUCCAUCCACUGCCAGACAACAUGCUCAAGCCAAACAUAAUGUAGAGUCUGCCAUCAAUGAUCUGGACAGAGAUGUCAAUAAUCCAGAAGGUGUUGAACUUUCUGUCUGGGAAAGACUUUGCAAGUUCAGAAGGAUCAAAAUAGAAAAUGAAUUCCUUAUAAAACAAAAAGCGUUAGUGUUUGCAGAAAUGGAAGCAUUUUACAGAAAACGACAAGAUGAAGAUGAAAUACUGAAAAAUGAGAUUGAAGAUCUACAGAUGAAAAUAUCUAAAUUAAAGAAUGAUGAAGCAAGGGUUAACUUGAACUUAGAAGUUCAGCUGUUAUUGAAACAAGGUCAAGUUGAAACAGAUACAAGCACCUUUAUAGCAGAUUACAAAAAUAGUGCUUUAAUUCAUCGUAGUGUUGUUGAAGAACUUAAUACAAAUAUCAAGAAACUUGGAGAAGAUAAGAUUUCCAGUAUGGUUGAAAGUAAAGACUUUAGAAAAGGAAUUAUACAACUUGAAUGGGAGCACAAGAAGAUGCUUAUGGAAAUGGAAGACUUUCAGAACAAGAUGAAAGAUAUUCAGUUCAUGAAAGUUACCAGAGAAAUUCAAUUGUUCUUAAAUAAUGUUGCGGAGUAUGAGGCAAAGAAGGCUGAUGAAAUCAACAAACUGGAACAAACAAUUAUGACACAGCUUAAGCAUCAUGAUAAAAAGUUGGCCUAUCAAAAGAAAAUAUUGCGAGAACAUAACAGGACAAUCAAGGCCAAGGAUGCUGAUAAUACCAACAUUGAUUCUGAUUUGAUGGAACGCAAUGUCACAGUGAAUGAGAGAAAACUAAUCGAUGAAGUUAAUGCCGACAGAAGAUCUGAUGCAGGUAAGGACAAGAGAUACAUGGAGAUAGUACAAAGAAGGAAACUAGUGGACCUAGCCAAGGCUCAGGCACAGGAAGUAGCUGUUCUACGUGCUGAAGUGGAGAGGUUAAGAAUGAGGACAUUCCCAGCAUUAGUUCAAGUGGAACAUUAGCAGUGACAUUAUAAUGGAUUUUAGGGAGAGAAAAGACUAUCUUAAAAAAAUCAAUGACUUUGUUAUGACUGCUUUUAAGAAAUCAAUGAAAUAUUUAAAAACUAACUGGAGGUUUAUCUUCAUUGAAAAAGAAUUUAUUUUGCAGUUGAUCAAUCUUGACAAGCAAGAUUCAGAAACAUCUCAAUAUAUCUUAAGAGAAUUGGAGGUUAUCUUUGUCAAUUGUGUUAACCAAUUAAGUUUAUGAAAAAGCAGUUGGACAUGUAUACAUUUUUCUGUGAUAUUUGUGAUAUAAUUGAUUUAAUUUUUACAUGCCGUCCUUAUUUUACUUACAUACUAUGUAUUUAUUGAAAAGUAAUAAAUUAUUACAUUCCUAAA